AGCAAUGGCAGACGAGACCCCGGAAGAUCGAUAUCAGGGAUGCUGCUUACCGGCAUGUUUGAAGUUCUCCGGCGAUUCCUGUAACCGGAGGAAGAGGAGGCCAGGCGAAGAUGGCAGCUGGCGAGUACCUGAAUCACAAGCUGGAGAUGUGAAAACUCGACUCGGAAAUGAAAAGAAACGGAGGAACUGGUACAAGCUGUUUCAGGCGAGGACAUCCGGUCGGAAAACUUUUCCGGUCCAUUCGGAGCUUUUUGAAGAGAUGAAAGAGAACGACCCUGCAGAAGAGGACGAGUUCAACAAGGCGACCGGCUCCACAACCAUACUGAAGAUCGUCGAGAAGCUGGAGUGUCGUAAAGUUUCGCAUCUCGAUGGGAGAGUGAAGGCAAUGCCUGUUCCAAGAACCAGAGUUUCAGAGGAUGAUGAAGGAAGAAAGGCCCGGAAAACUUCGCCGGAAGAAAUUCCGGUAGUGAUGGAGAUUUCAGAGGAACAAGCAGCAACAUCUAAAGAUCGACUGAGAAGUUACUCUAAAGACGAUCCGAAGUCAAUCCGAACCCGAUGUUCGCCGGGAACCAAUAACACAUCUCGAAGAUCCAAGUCCACGGUGCGAAAUCCAAACGAAGGAUCCAGAUCCAUUAUGGGGAUGUCAGUUCUUCUUAUAGCUCUAACCACACUGCUGCUUUUUGGUACACCAUGUGCUGUGAUCUGCACCAGUGCUUGGCUCUGCAUGGUCCCUGGACUCACUAGAUCGACCAAGCCCAUGGGCUGCAGUCAAGGAAAAAGUCGAUCGGGUGGGCGCACGCCCCCAGUGAUCGCAAUUAAGGGCGAUAAUGAGAAGCAUUUGAAUAAAACUUCAUGA